CUAAAUCCAAACCCUCUUAACUUCCCAAACUACCCUGACCUUUUCGCCAAACCUACUGAACCCCACUUCAACAACUAAACCAACUGUGGGGGCACAACAGUCAUUCCAUCACCAAUCCCUCUACAAAAGCAUCGCGCGUAUCCAAAACGACACCGUUCACGUCCACAACGGGCACCCGAGCCCCCUGUAACUUGUUCCCUCCUCAUUUGCUUUCCAUCGUUAACCCUCCUUGGGGUUUAUAAUUCCAAUCCCAUUUCGUUCCUCUUCUUCUCCUUCUUCUUCUUCUCUUCUUAUUUAUUCUGUUACUUGAUACAAUUCGUUCGGUACUUGUUGAUCUGCGAUUCAAUAAUGGAAUUCUUUACCGAAUUGUUUUGAAUUGUCGAAAUCGGAGCCCUAAUUCAUACAAUUCAUCCGGUUCGCGUUGAUUGCUUGGUUUCGGAUCUGCGAGGAGCGUUUCAAUGGCGGAUCAGGAAGAGGAGGACCUCCGGAUGGCCCUGAGGAUGAGUAUGCAGCACUCUCCGCCUGAGCCCAAGCGAAGCAAGCCGAGGGAUGCUCCGGCGGGAACUCAGUCGGGCUCGCCGCAGGAGUCGCCGGAGUCAAAGAGCCGACGGCUUCAGCGGGAGCUUAUGGCUGCCGCCGCCGAGAAGCGAAUGCUGGCCUCAAGGACCACAACGGCCUUAGCGGGCUCGGGUUCCGGUUCCGCAUCGAAGGUUGUGAAUAAAGCGGUGGAAUUGGGGGCGGAGGGUUUGGGUUCGGGAAAGGAGUUAUCGGAGGAGGAAGCGCAACAGUUGUUUUCGAUGGUGUUUGGGAGUGAGGUUUCCAAGGACAUUCUUGCACAAUGGACUAAUCAGGGAAUAAGGUUUAGUCCUGAUCCAGACACAUCUAUGGGCCUAGUGCAGCAUGAAGGUGGGCCCUGCGGCGUCUUAGCAGCCAUACAAGCAUUUGUUCUCAAAUACAUUCUUUUCUUUUCGGAUGAAUUAGGUAAAGUUGCACCAGGCAUAGCACAGAAUUUGGGUUCAAGGAGAUUGUCUAACAGUCCAUGUUUUGCAUCAAAUAAUUUUGCUUCUCUUACUGAAGAUGAAAAAGCAAGAGCCCUGGUUAGAAGUAUGGGUGAGAUAUUGUUUUUAUGCGGAGAUAAUAAAAGGAUUGUGGUUGCAACUUUGAGUGUCAUAAGCCACAAUGUUGAGGGGUAUGAAGACAGUUUGAAGGAAGAGGUCAUGGCAAAAGCACUUGAAGGUCUGUCGAUUGAAUCAGCCUCUGAUUUGCAGAAAAUUCUAAGAGUUGACACAUACACAUUGCAAGCAAGUGCAUUUCAGAGGCUUGAAGAAAUGAUUCCUGUUUUCCGAAGUCGUAUGGGCGCGAUGCUAUUUCUUAUUUCUGCCUUACUUUCUCGAGGACUGGACUCUGUUCAAGCUGACAGGGAUGAUCCCAGCCUUCCUCUAGUCACUGCUCCAUUUGGGCAUGCCUCCCAGGAAAUCGUAAACCUACUGCUCUGCGGGCAGGCUGUCCCUAAUGUGUUUGAUGGGAGGAUGGAUUUGGGUGGUGGCAUGUUUCUAAAGGGGAUAUCCAGAAAUGUGGAAGUUGGAUUUCUCACUCUGCUAGAAUCCCUCAAUUUCUGUAAGGUUGGCCAGUAUCUGAAAUGCCCUAAAUGGCCAAUAUGGGUUGUUGGGAGUGAGUCCCAUUAUACAGUACUGUUUGCUCUUGAUACCACUGUUCAGGAUGAGAAUGAGCUGGAAGAGAGGGAAUCGCAGAUCCGGAAAGCUUUUGAUGCUCAAGAUCAGAGUGGAGGUGGUGGCUUCAUUAGUGUGGAAGGCUUCCAUCAAGUUCUCAGGGAAACUAGUGUCAAACUCCCCCCAGAGAAGGUUGAUCACCUUUGCAACACAGGUUUUAUUGUGUGGAGUGAGUUCUGGCAGGUUAUUAUGGAUUUGGACAAGAACUUGGGAGGUCUGAAGGAUUCAUCUGGAUUGAUGGGUAAGAAGGUGUUUGAUCUUUACCAUUUUAAUGGGAUUGCAAAAUCAGAUUUGAAUGGCAGCCAAGUAACAUCUGGAGGUGAGACUCCUGUUCAGAGACCAAGGCUUACAAAAUUGAGGGUUUCAGUACCACCAAGGUGGACACCUGAGGAAUUCAUGGCUGAUGUAGCAGUGUCUUCUGCUUCAGGCGGAAAUGGAUCUAGUGGGAAAGACACUGAAGUGGCUAAACCAGAGCCUUCUCAGCAUGCACCUUUGGUGGACUGCAUAAGAACGCGCUGGCCCCGUUCUGUUUGCAAUUGGAUGGGGGAUCCCCCUAGUAUUGUCUGAGCGGUUUAUUAAUUCUGUCAUAGAAUCCUUAGUUGUGGUAAUCAUAGAGAGCUUAAAUUUAAAAGCAAGCACAGAUAAAGGGGGGAAGAGAUUUUCUUGUUUGGUUUGGUUGCAUUUGGAGGCACAUGAACAGGGGUCCAUUGACUGGUUUUGUCAGAGUGAAAUAUGUGCAUAGCCAUUGUACUUUGUACUGCUGUAUCUUCGACACACAAUUGAUUUUGAUGUUAACUGCCGAAUGGAAGGAACUUUGUGAUAUUUAUGUCAUUCAAGUUGUAAAAUUCAUUCGUGUUUACCUUUAUUGUUGAUUAGAGGGGCUUUUUAGUUCUUGAGAGGUCAUUAAUAAACAUGAAAUUUGUUGUUGCUGUCGAAAUUGUUGUAAUAUUAUAGUAUGGCCUUUUUUGGCCUUUUGAGGCUUGAAUCCACAAUCUUUCCUAUCCUGUUGUAUGAGUAGGGACGUUUCUGAGAUGUUAACCUAUAUAGUAUACAGCUUUUCUUUCUUC